AGAAAAAAAACUGCUGCAAAAAUGAAUAGAGCGUCCGUUUUGGCACUAGGCGGCAGGAGGCUGCUGAACUGCCUUGAAAUACGCAGUGUCCACUCCAAUCCAACCCCAGCCGGGACCAUUGGUUAUGAGGAAAAUGAUGCUCAAAAAGUGAUCAAUGAUGCUAACGAGAAGUAUAGACAGACAAACCAAACUAUCAAAGAGAAAAUGCAAAAAGGUUACGAGCACAAGGACGCAGAUACAGAUGGUGGAUGUCAAGAAGGAGGAGGGGUUAGAGGCGUGUCAGAAUACGGCAAUGAUGAUGUGAGCCAGCAAUCCCAUUCUGAUAAAUCGCAACCACACCCAUCUAACUCUGCUGAAGGACCUGAAAAAUAUAUAGAGAAACGACAGGAUGAUAUUGAAGAUACAAAUGCUGACGAAGAAGAAAGAAAACACAGGCAGCAACAGAUCAACAAAGUGAACAAAGUCGAUGAAAGAACCGGAGACACAGCCGAAGCUAUCAAGCCAAUACAGUAAAGUUUCGGAAUUCUCUAGCCUGCUCGUAGCAAGAUCACGGCUGCAUUAGGCCUUAGGCCAGGGUUCAGAAUGAAUAUUUGAGAGCCAAAUCUGCUCAUUGUACAUAUUUUGCGUAACUUUGUAUAUUUUUCGGAAUAAAU